CUCCAAUCUCCAAAUCUCCAAUCUCAAUCACAAUGCCGGAAGCAAGCUCGUCGUUCGUUUUCUCGCUCGUACUGUCCGUUCUGACGUUCGGUGCGCUCCAGAUGUUCAAGAAGCAGAUUGCGGGUGUCCAGCCUCUGCCAAUUCUCGGUGGAUUUGUCUGCUCGUGGUUUUUCGUCUUCUUCCUCACGGCCCUUAACAACUUGAGGCAAAUUCUGUCCGGUUCAUCGUACCAAUCCGGCCGAUUCGAUGUUGUCCUGGCUCUGGUCAUCACCGCGUUUGUCGGCGGCAGCAUCCAUCCCAUCUGCAUCACCACCGGAAUUGCAUUUUCGCUCGUUGCUGUCUACUAUUUGCAACGCAUCGCCACCAAGACCUACCAGUCGCGAACGUAAUUGAUUCCCGGCUCCCACUUCUUCGUUGGCUGUUGCGUUUCGUCAGCUUGCCUGGCGCUUUGGAUUUUGUCCCCUGCUCUUUGUCGAGGUGUGUUGUGCCCACGAUACAGUAUCAUAAGUGUUUUUUACGACAUUUUGUUGCAUCGAACAUGCUAUACGAAC